CAUUUGGGUCCUGCUUCCUGCACACCGUAACAGCGGCCAUGUGUUUCCAGCAGAACAGCUAGAGUGCCACAUGUUAUUGUAACUCCUCAAACAUCCGGCUCCAUCUGCUCAUGUGGACCUUGGAGAGGCAUUGUUUUUUCACAAGAUUUCAACAAUAAACUGUUUAACUAUCUGGCGAUGUGUACAUCAUUGCUACGUGCCCAGGGGCCAGAAUAGUGAAAAAACAGCAUCACAGCGGGUUCUACACAGCAGACGCCUUCGUAAAUAAGAGAGGUUUCUUCAAAGCAACUUCAACUCUGCCAGACUGAUAUUCCCUUAAAGCUACAUGAUGGAUGCUACACCUCACGCAGAAGAGCAACAGGCGGGUCCAUCAUCAGACAGGAGCUUUCUUAUCAGGUCUGCAGCUGCUAGCUCCAGCUCAAGUUCCCAAAACUCUUCAGCUAGCUUAGCCGCAGCUAAAGCACGAGCUAAAGUUCUAGCUGCACGAGCCUGUGCAGCUUUCGUUCAGAAAGAAAAUGAGCUUUUAAUGGAAAAGGCUCGGAUUGAUGCAGCUCUUGCUACGCUAAAGCUAGACAAAGAGAUUGCAGAAGCAGAACCAGAGGCUGAUGCCCUCGAGUCUGCAGCAGAACAAAUAGACGGAGGCUCCAGGGCCUCAAACCUUGGAUCUCUUCCACAUCAAUCUCCUCACGAAAGAACUAGCGAGUACGUUCAGUGUCAUUCUAAAGCUGCCUCGCAGCAUGCACUCGUAGAUCUUGCACAUCAUCAGCUUCAGCCACACAAUCCUACUGCUCUCAAUAACGUUGCCUUUGAUCACUCUGUGAGCGCCCGUAACAGGAAAAUAACACAUAUGUUACCAUCCCAGCUAAUAAAGCCGGAUGCUAACCCUGAUGGAUCCUACCCUACUCGACGAGAACUGCUUACCUCCAGUCUCACCAUUUUCGACAACCGAUCUGAAAGCUACUGGUCAUGGAAGUCAAGCUUCCUGAACUGCACUAAAGGUACAGAUCUUACAUGCAGUGAAGAGCUUGAUCUACUAAUAAAAUGGCUUGGCCCCCAGUCUUCAGCACACGUUAAGAGGAUUCGAGCUGUCCAUGUCAACGACUCAGCUCGAGGCUUAAUUAUGACAUGGUCUCGUCUUCAGGACUGUUACGGGUCACCAGAAAUGAUCGAGAAGGCUCUCUUCGACAGAGUAGAGCAGUUCCCUAAGAUCAACAACAGAGAUCCUGUGAAGCUCAGAGAGCUUGGCGAUCUGCUACAGGAGCUAGUAUCAGCACAGCAAGAAGGCAACCUACCUGGGCUAUCUUGCUUAGACACCUCAAGAGGCCUGAACCCUAUUGUGGAGAAGUUGCCAUUCAACCUUCAGGAUAAAUGGAUGUCUCAUGGGAGUAUGUACAAAGAGCAGAACCAUGUGCAUUUCCCCCCAUUCACCUACUUUGCUGACUUCGUCUGCAGAGAGGCCUACAUCCGUAACAACCCAAGUUUCUUUCUGUCUUCUUCAACUGUUGCAAUAGUGAAGCAGGAUAACACAGUUAAGAAGAUGGACAGCUCUAAGAACUUCAUCUCCUCGCACAUGACGGAGGUCUCUUCUAUGUCUGACUCUGACAAUACAGAGACUUCCAGUGUCAAGCCCGAUGUUGAAAAGCAAUGUCCUAUCCACAAAAAGCCUCACCCUCUUAAAUAUUGCAAAGGCUUUAGGACCAAGACACUAGAAGAACGCAAGGCAUUUCUUAGGCAGGGUGGCAUAUGUUUUAGAUGUUGUUCUUCUAGCAAACAUCUUGCAAAAGACUGUAAGAUUGCAGUUCAAUGUAAAGAGUGCAACAGCAACAAGCAUAUAGCAGCUCUUCAUCCUGGGCCAGCUCCAUGGCAUAACCAGAACCCUGAGUCAGAGAACGGCGGGGAGGAUGACACCGAGUCAUCUCCGACAGUGAACUCUAAGUGUACGGAGGUCUGUGGAGAAAACAACGGGCCACGCUCCUGCUCAAAGAUCUGUCUCAUCACAGUGCAUCCUAAGGGACGACCUGACAGGUCAGUGAGACUCUACGCUAUCCUUGAUGACCAGAGCAAUCGAUCACUCGCCAGAUCAGAGUUCUUUGACCUCUUUGGCGUUGAAGGCACAGAUACUCCCUACACACUACAGACAUGCGCUGGUCUCACUGAGAUUUCUGGAAGGAGAGCCACAAGCUUCAUUGCACAACCUUUAGAUGGAAGUCUCAGCAUUAAUCUCCCGACUCUCAUAGAAUGCAACUACAUCCCGAAAGACAGGUCAGAGAUACCUACACCAGAGGUGGCUGAAUGUCACACUCACCUCCACUCCAUUGCUCAGCAUAUUCCACAACUUGAUCCAGAGGCUCAGAUCCUUCUUCUCCUUGGGCGGGACGUCCUACAAGUCCACAAGGUGAGAGACCAGCAAAAUGGACCCAAUGAGGCGCCAUAUGCCCAACGCUUGGAUCUUGGCUGGGUCAUCAUUGGCGAAGCCGUCUAGGCUCAGUUCACAAACCCAAAGAUGCAAGUGUGUUCCACACUCACAUCCUCAAGAACGGGCAUCACUCUCAGUUCAUGCCCUGUCUGAACCAUCUUACUCCGAAAGAGAAACUCGCUGAGAAUAUACAUGGGGUCCGCAGUUCUUUUGACGUGGAAAGUUCACAGCUCGCUAGUGGUUCAGCUUGGCGCACCGAAGACGACUCACUGGGUAGUAAGAUCUUCCAACGUACAGAGGACAACGUGGAAACAUCUUAUGACCUCAUAGAGCCAGACUCUGACGCAGAAGUUCGAACUCAAUUCACAGAAUGCAGCAACAGAAACCGAGGCUUUCAGCAAUUUGAGAGGUUUUCAACUUGGCUUCAUCCCUCAACUCUUCAGAGUCGCUCAAAGUGGCAAAAGAGUCAUUACAACAUUAAGCAAGGAUACCUGGUGCUUCUUCGCGAUACUCAGGUGAAAAUAAACCAGUGGCCCAUGGCACUGGUUACAAAAUUUUUUCCUGUAAGCGAUGGUCAGGAAGUUGGAACCUAAAGUUGACAGAGGAGGGGCCUCAAAGACCUUCAUCCAUCACAGAGGUGGUGGCGCUUAUGUCCCCCUAGGGGUCACACUGACUGUUACUUACCUCCCAGUAGUUUGUUCUCCAAUAGUGCUAUUGUGUUCAAUACCAGGCGGGGAGUGUCACGUUACAUGUAAGUUUCGUUUUUUUGUUGUUAUAGCACCUCCUAAAGGCAACUGGCGUGAUUGCAGCCUUUUCAUGCUAUUUUUGGAUGUAGGUGUUUUCAUUGGUCAGUAGAUGUCACAUGACUGAGUUGAAAGGUCAGCGGCCAUGUUUUUCCAGCCGAACAGCUAUAGUGCCACAUGUUAUUGUACCUCAAACAUCUGGCUCCAUCUGCUCAUGUGGACCUUGGAGAGGCAUUGCUUGUAAGUUGAUGAUUCAUCUAUGUUUAUGGAUUUCAUUUAUGUUUGUAUUUUAUAGCAUGUCAUUGUAUUGAUUGCAAUGCUUUGUGCUUUUUACUUUCAGUUUCACAAGAUUUCAACAAUAAACUGUUUAACUAUCUGGCGAUGUGUACAUCAUUGCUAUGUGCCCAGGGGCCAGAAUAAAUACCCUUGUCAGUGGAAAAGCUAGCAUUUACGUUAGCUGACUGAAGCUAACAUUUUUGCUAAUACACAAUUGAAAGUAACAGUUUUUGUGUUGCUUUCUGUUGCUGUUUCAAUGCUGUUUUUAAACUUUAUGUUGGUUACAAUAUUAUUUACUUUACCACACUUUCUUGAAACAAUCAAAAUCUCUGAUGUAGAUAUUGUGGUGGUUGCAUUCUCCAGCCACCUUCCUUGUGUGUGUGUUUUCCCUGUCUGUGUGGGCGUGGUG